AUGCAAUUUGGUUGGUGUAUGCAUGCACCUGGGAUAUUACGUAGCCCCCAAGCGGGGCCAAGCGUUCCAGUUCGAUCGAGCAUAUUCCACAAGUUCUCGUUGGAGCCGAGAAGAAUCUCAUCAGCAGCAACCAGCACCACACCACAUCAGAUAAACAUCCGGAGUACGCCUGUGCCUUCGAGCGAAAGAAUUGCAAAACAAAAGAUACAUUUGUAG